UUCCGCACGGAUCUUUAUUCACGUAGCACCGUUCAUGCACAUGGGUAAACAAGGAGCUGGCUAAAUUCUAGAUUAAAUUACGUAAUUACGCGUGAUGGGGUGGUGGCAGUAAUCUCCUGUCAUAGUUUAUACAACAAAACAGUGCUUUAAAAAUAGAGUUUGAUCGAAAAUGGCGUCCUCGACAGAGCAGCAUGACAGCGACGACGGCAUGGACGAGUUCAUGGAUAAAUUCAAGACCCAGAGAUAUAAAAAUGCCUUCAGUGAAAACAGCUGGGAAGAGGAGUUUAACAAAGUGCCCAUGUUUAUGAAAACCGCACCUGAAGAGAUUGACCCACAAACAUACCCAGAACUAGCUUGCCUGCAGGCCAUUAUCCAUGAUGAAGAUAGACCCGCAGAAGAGCAAGCAAGGAGUCUGAAAGAUGAGGGGAAUGCGUUUUUCAAGGAGAAGAACUACCAAAAGGCCAUACUGUCCUACACCACAGGUUUGAAAAAGAAAUGUGGUGACCAGGACCUCAACACUGUUCUCCUCACCAACCGGGCGGCAGCACACUUCCACCUGGGCAACAUGCGCUCUGCACUGAAUGAUGCUGCAGCUGCAAAGAAGAUCAAACCAGACCACCUUAAAGCCUUGAUCAGGGGUGUUCAGUGUUGUAUAGAGCUGCACAACUUUGCAGAGGCCGUACAGUGGUGUGACGAGGGGCUCAAGGAGCAUCCCAAUGACAAGAAGCUGCUGGAGCUGAGAGCAGCAGCAGAUAAACACAAGAGAGCAGCAGAGAGAGAUGCCAGGAAGGCCAAGGCCAAAGAAAAAAAGUUGCAUAGUGAGAAAGAAGCCCUUCUGGCAGCUAUAAAGGAUCGAGGCAUCAAGCUUCUCCAGCCUCUGAAGCCUCGUCAGCAGGGUUCUGACAGUGAGGAUGAAGGGUCCUCAGCAGCGAUAUCACAGCUGAGCCUGGACAGCCUCAGCUCUCAGGAGGCUACGGGUGCUCAUGUCUUCCUGGACGAGCAGGGCUCCCUUCACUGGCCUGUUCUCUUCCUCUAUCCUGAGCACCAGCAGAGUGACUUCAUCUCUGCUUUCUGUGAGAACAGCAGCUUCAUAGAUCACCUGGCAGUCAUGUUUGGAGAAGAACUUCCACCUUGGGACACGGACAGAAAAUACAACCCACAAAAUUUGCAGGUGUACUUUGAAGACGCGAAGAAGGAGACACUCUACCAAGUAGACCCAGAGAUGUCACUUUUAAAAGUGUUGCAGCAUAAAAGGUUUUUCAUCAAGGCAGGCACUCCCAGCUUCAUUGUUCUGUCAAACGGCUCGUCAUUCAGGAAGCAGUUUUUAACAGAAAAGAAAAUACAAGGACUGUAAAAAUAUUGGCUUUCAAAUCAUGGACUUUUAGUAAACAAGAUUUCAUUUUCAACCCCAGAAGAUUUUGACACAGUGGCAAGCAUGUAUGUCUCUUGUGACCAAGAACAGGACAAGCUCUUUCUCCAACACCAGAUAUCAAUAUAAAUUAAUUUAAAACUAAAGAGAUUGCUAAAAGUUGUCCAGGUACAGAUUGACAAGAAACAAACAUAAAUCUAGUGCUACAAGUCUCAGUUUUUGUCAUCAACAAAACCAAAAUAAUCUCAAGCUCUGAUUUAUUAUCCGUUUAGGCAAUGAAUUUGUUUGAUUUUAAGAGACAUGGAUAGGUCCGACUUGUAAAAGAAAACCUUCCAGAAACAAAGGAAGAGAUUUAAAAAUACUGAAACAGAGUAUCAUUAAGUACUUCUGUAAAGACCAUGAUUCUUUUGAUUAUUAAAAAGCUGAAAGUCAUUCAGCAUACUCUGAUGCCAA